AUGACACCGGGUGGAUGGCUCUCACCCCUUGCCUUCAUGCUGUACGCGACGGUAGCCUGCCCUGCGUCCUGGGUGGCAUGCACCCAAGAUGUGACCCUGUGUCACCAGCUAAACUACAUUGUAGCAUCUCCGGAGACCACCAAGGUUCUAAUCCUUACAGACGGAGACCUCUCUUCAGUAGAGCGUACCAACCUGACUCUCCAGGUUAACCUGGCCCUGCUCUCUCUGAGCCGAAAUGCUAUCUAUAGAAUUCAGUUAGGCUCCCAGCAUGGCCUCACCAAGCUUCGGACCUCGUCUCUGGGACACAACCACAUCCCCAGUUCUUCUCUGUCAGACCACACCUUCAGCAAGCAGCGAAGCCUGCAGGUCCUGGUACUGAACCAUAAUUCCUUGUGCAGCCUGAGAGCAGCCUGGUUCCGAAACAAGGCCCUCAGCCAAUUCUUGCUGGGUGGAAAUCGGAUCACCAACCUCACACGGAGUUCUUUUAAAGGUGCGAGCCUCCACAGACUCAGGCAUCUGGACUUAUCUAACGAUUUCAUUUCCUUCAUCGAGAAAGAUGCCUUCCAGCCCCUGCCCCAGCUGCAGGAAGUGGAUCUUUCUAGAAACAUGCUGGCUCACAUGCCGGACGCCUUUACCCCGCUGAAGCAGCUGAGCCCCCUGAGCUUGGAGGGGAACCACUGGAGUUGCACCUGUGACCUCUACCCGCUAGCCCGCUUUUUAAGAAAAUUUGUGAAGACACCGGCUCGCACGCUUCGUAAUACCAAGGACCCAAACUGCGAGGUGUUCCCAGCAGCUGUGGCCACUGCAAAGAGCAUGCUGAGGCUGUCUGAGACCAAGUGUGACUCCAAGGGUCAUAACGUCACUCUGGCUCUAAAGGACAGGCGUCCCCUCCUCCCAGGACAGGAUGUGGCUCUCAUCACUGUGCUUGGCUUUGCAGGAGCCAUUGGCCUUACAUGUGCAGGGUUAGUCAUAUUUAACUGGAAACUCCAACAAGGCCGAGCAAAUGAACGCACAUCCAAAAACCUUUGUUGCAGAACCCUCAAUGAAUCCCCGUGUGCUCAUGAAGCAAGAAAUGGCCAUGCCGUGGGGUACUGUAACUGCCACUUAACUCGAGAAAAUGAGACACAGGUCAUGUCCGAUGUGGGCUCCAGAAAGGAAGCACCACUUAGACAGGAAAACAGCCGUCAAGCGAGGCUGGCCCCCAAGCCCACAGCCGUGGAUGUAUCAUUCAGAAAGCUGAAAGGGAGAGACCAUGAGGCACACAGUGCUUGCUCUUGCCUGGGUGAUGAACUACGGGCAGGAUGCUUGGGGCCUCCUGGGAACAAGAAAGCUCUUUAUGAUGCAGACUUAGCGACAAGAUGUUGUCCAAAGACAGCUGAAAAGCCAAGCAACCAGAAACGUGGAGAAAUCCGGUCUCAAAUCCUGCCACAGCAUGGAACAAGAACAAUAGAUGCGAGCAGUGACACAUUCAGAAGCAGAUAUGCGACAUCCUCCUCAGCCUUGGCAAGAGAGAGUGUUGGGAAGCGUUUAAUGAAUGAAUCAUGGCAGCCUCCAAUAGACAAAGGAGACAAUGCUGUAGAGCCAUCUGAACGGAGACUGUUCUCCACCAGCUCACUCCCCAGGCGACAGGAGCGGGGGGAACGUGCUGUAGGCAGGAUGGCCCACAGACACAGAGUGGGAUAUGACCAUCACCAGGACUCUUUAAAGUGGAGCAAGCCCACGGAUUCUUAUCCCAACGCUUCCUUCACCUGCAAAUAUGUGUCUUGGGAUGCAUUUCAAGAUUUUACGAGGGAGAAGAAGCCAGAUCGAAGACAGCACGCAGAAUCUGAGAAGCAGCGAAUUCAAAUUAACAGAGCAAUAGAAAAAUUCCUCAGGAGUCAGGAGGUCAAAGACAAAUCAAGGUUGUCAGCAAAAAUCAAGAAGGCAUAUUCUACGAAGAGGGUUAAAUUCCAGGACCCUGAUUUAGUCAGGGCAAAAGGGCUGGUGGUGUCAGCAGAAACACCAGUCUCCGGGAGACAGCGAGAUAGUGAACGCCAACGCCCGACUUCCUUGCAUCUCAAAAACUGUGCCAGUCUGGAGGAGGUCAAGGAAGCAAGAGAAAACCUUCCAGAGCAACAGGCUCUGAAAAAGAAGAGACCCAAGCCCUCCCAUCCGAGGGAGAAGGUGAAGGGGCAGAAUUUAAGGAUGAGGGUAGGUCUGCACCCCUUUGGGAAAACUAGGGUCCACCCAGAGGAAUCUACACCAGAACCCACCAAGAGACGUAAACGAACAAGGUUACCUCCCCAGGGACCAGCCGGAACUUCCGGGAGAAAGUUCAAAACAGAACCUCUAUCUUUUGUCAGUUCUCAGCCGCCAGAGAGGAGCAGCCAUACUAAGCUCACUUGUUCAAAGGUGCCACUGGAACGCUCCGUAGAUCAGACCCCUAAUCAGGAAACAAACGACACCUUCAGAGCUGACAGCUUUUCUGUAGACAAUCGGGGUUCUGAGCAGGGCAGCUGCCAACCAGUGGGCCGCGCUCCCAAUGGAAGCCUAUUAAUGGCGCCUCAGCCCUCAGUCAGGGUUGCUGAGCGCCUGCGUUCACCUCCUCUUCUUUCACCCGAUCAAAUGGAAAAUGUCACUGGUCUACAAGGGGAAGUUCUUGGCCCUUCCCCAGCCUGUUUGGGGAAUGGAGAGAAUAGUGUUUUACCGUCUAAACACCCCAGGGGAGUUAUUGACCAUGUAGUAAUGGUGUCCACUCAAGACACGGACCAGGACGAAUUAAAGAUCAAUGAGUUAAACCAGUUUACUUUGUCCCUCGGCGACCAGGUGAUUGGCACUUUCAGCAAAGAUCACAGUUUGGAUGAGAAUCAAGCUUUACAACAGGAGGAGCAAAAACCAAGCCACGGACAGCUUGGAAGUGAGGAAAAGCCAUUAAUGAACACAGUCAAAGCAUCCUGUGGAAGAGUGGAAGGCUGAAUUAUGGAUGGGAAAGGGGCUGGCAUAGGAAACAAGAUGGCUCGCAGAGAGGAUCGUGGGUCCUCUCCCACUGCCGGGAUGCAACUCCACAACCACCUGCCAUUCAU